GCUGAUGUACAUGUCAAUUUUUAUUUUUAAAAAAUAUGUUUAUUGUCAAAACUAUUUUCAUAAAUGUUCCAUAACAAUAAAAUAUUGUCUUUUUUUUAUUAAUAUUAUAGAUAUUUGAUUAUAUAUUUUAUCAACAGUUGUUGACAUUCUUUUUCUCAUAACACUAAAACCCGUGAUUUAUCAUAAAAUUAAAAAUUGUAAAUAAACUGUGCGGCUAGAUUAAAAAAAAAUGUUGAAACCUAAAGUUCUCACCCAAGUUUUAAGUCAAGCUAAUACAGGUGGAGUUGAAAAUACUUUACUUGUAAACCAGGAAGGUUUGCUUUUAGCCUAUAGUGGAUAUGGUGAUAAAGAUGCAAGAGUAACGGCAGCAAUAGCAAGCAAUAUUUGGAGUAAAUAUGAAAAAAAUGGUGAAAAUGCUCUACGAGAAGACCAACCCGAAAUUAUACUAAUGGAAUUUCAAGAGGGACGAAUAGCUAUCACACAAGUAUCCAAUGUUUUAUUAUGCCUAUAUGCUAAAAAUACAGUCGGAUUUGGAAUGCUGAAGCAAAAGGCUCAGGCUUUGGCCACUUACCUUGAAGGUCCUUUGAAGCAAGUGGCAACAUCCUAGUCUAGAUAUUAGUAAACAUUAAUGAACUCUUUAUGUCUGUUUGUGUGUAUAAAUUUAUAUAUCCAUAUUAAUAUUAAUUAUAUCUUUCAUAAUUUUUAAAAUCAAAGCUUAGCUAAACAAUAAAACUUAUAGUUUAAAUAAAUGGUUCUAAUUA